AGCAAGAUUUUAUUACAGUCGGUUCAAAAUGGCAGAGUUCGACUACAACUUGUUCCAACAAAUCUAUUGCCUUUCUAUGGCCACUGGCGUCGUCUCGAACAAGGAAGACACGGAAGCAAACCUUCAAGCUGCACUAAAGAAAACUCUUGACGAUACCCUUCCACGUUUGACAGGCGCUUGGUCUAUCUCCUGGGGACCGAGAGUCUUCAAAGAGAAGCCUGAUGAGUCGAAAGGCGGUCCGGACAAUGUCUGGUUUGCCGUCAUUGAUCACACCCAGAAAGUUUGUGCUGUUGCUAUUGCAGGUACAGCUUCAAAUUCAAUUUCAGACUUGUGGCAAGAUUUCAAUGUUGGUGCAGUCGUGGACUUUGAGGCCUGGGUUGGAUCAUGGUCUUCUCAAGGCAUUCCUAAACCCAAAGAGGACCACUCCAAGCAGAAAGAUCCUUCUCGAUCUUAUUGUGCAAAGGGAAUCUGCGAUGGCACGUGGCAUGUGUUGAGUAAUCCUAGCACAGCAGUUAAUAGCGGUCUGCGUGUCGAUGAGUACUUGCAGCAGCUGGAUUCAGAUUACACCGUCAUCUUCACAGGUCACAGUCUGGGAGGAGCCCUUGCUCCGACUUCUGCAUUGGGAUUGGCUCGGUCUAAGAUUGGCUGCAGAAACACGGUCAAGGUUUUACCGUCCGCUGGUGUGUCUCCCGGAAACGACGUUUUCGCCAAUAAGUAUUCCGAAGUCUUCACCAAGGACCAUCUAUCAAGCGAAGACUACAAGGUCUACAACACAGACUUCUAUAACAUUUACGACAUCGUGCCCCAGGCUUGGUCCAUCAAUCCUGACCACGACAGAAAUCUCAAUAAUAUCCUAAACAAGAUUCUCCAGUGCAGCGAUGACUUUAAGCCUAAAGCAGAAGUAUGGGUAUCCGUGGCUCGAUUUCUGGCCGCAAAGUCACACAUGCAGUAUACUCCCCUUCCGGGACAGAGUUUCGUUGGUCUUCCACCGCCUGAGAACCCUAUCGACAACUGGGACCAAGUGAAAAAACAUUUCAGUCAACAUCACGUUCUCGCUUAUUGGGAUGAACUGGGCAUUACUGAGUUCAUGCAUAUAUUUGAGAAAAAAUUCUCGAAGCGGAUCGAGGCUCCUCCUGUUCAUUAAAGCCCCGGAGCCUGACCAACUCAGUACCAAAAUCUACAGGAUGUACGCCAAGCCCAGUAGCUAAUGAUUUGUAGUGAUAAUCAGUUUAGUGAGUAUAUUCAGAUGAGAUCAUCAAGAAAUGGGGGGGUCGCUCUUUAACUAGGUAAAUGCCAAAUUUAUCUAUAGAUAGAUACACACGCCUUAACCUUUGCCUAAAAUGUGAGACGUAUCUCUCGUUUCCAGAAUUCCUUGUUUAUUAGGC